AUGGAAGGGCGCCCCUUAGCCGUAGGAGCUGUAGGAGCAGGGAAGUGCGCCGUCAUCUACCCCUUUGCGAGCUGCCGAGCCACAGGCCACCUCUUCGUCUUCUACCGCCGCUACUCUUCAUCAGUCGUCGAGGGCAUCUCAGAAGAGUGGGACGACGCUCAGCCUGUCACCGGAGGGGCAGGCGAGGAGCGGAGACUUGUGGAUCUCCGGAUUCUUGGUGCAGAUCAGGUCGUCCGAUCUGAUUAUCCUUUAGCUGUGCUGGCUGUCCAGAAAGCUGAAGAAAAUCCCACCUUGGUCGCAGUGGCAGUUGUGGGGCCUUUGGCUUCCGGCGAACUUCUGAUUGCUUUUCCUUCCAGGUGCUGGCAUCGCACUCCCGCCAGACGCAUAGUGGGAACGAAGUACGUGAGGAAGGUCAGUGUCUGCAGAGUUGCUCUUUCGGAUCCUGAAAAUCGUUCUCACCCCACAACCGUUGAAGUUCGAGUUGCUUUGGGCGUCCUUACCACCGAAGGUGAGGGGGCUACCGACCCAGUCGACUCGUUCAGCGAGGACCUCGUCAUCGACUACCCCUUCGUGGAGGGCGAGCCUGCGGACCAGCUCCCUUCUGCUCAGGCAUUGGUUGACGUAUCUUCUCCGUCCUUUGAGUUUGAAACCGCUGUUAGUGGGGGUGACUUGCCUGAGGAGCUUCCGGGGCAAGGGGGCGACUUCGGACCUCGCAUUGCUUCUCUGGAGACAUGUUUCCAGCAAAUUCAGCGGGACCUUCAAGUCCUACUUCAUCGAGACGCAGGGCCUGGACAUCCAAAGGCAAAGGCGUCCCCCGGAGAGACCCGUUUGCGAGAGCCCGGGAACCCGAAGCAAAAGGCUGCUCCCAACUUUCGGGGCUUGGACCCCGCAGUCGUGCGGGCUGCUCAGACAGCUGGAGUUCCCGACUCUCACUUGGAGGAGAUGUCCCGCCUUGUAAGGCGGACUCCCGGCACACUGGUGGAUCAACCUGCGCGGACGAACCGCGGACGAGUACUUCGCGCAGAGCCCGACGACCCAUUGGACGACGAGGAGUACCUGCCAGAGGAAGCCGAUGCUCAGGACGUCCCCUCGGACCCUAUGCAGGCGGCUGUGAUGCGCCUGACCGAGAUCGCUGCGUCGCUUACAGCCCAGAAGAAGAAAGAUACGAGCUUGGAUGCAUUGCUGGACGCCAGCGGAGGCGCUGUUGGAUCGCAAGACGGCGGCCCAGGAACGACAGCAAGGAAAAAUGCAGCAGCUCUGAUGGCCCUGAAGGAGCGGCUGAGCUCCAAGCCCCGAGAACUUUCGGAAAACAUCGAGAAGAGGAUGCUGGCCGACUUUGCUCUCAGGACAGCUCUGCCAGGAACGGGUCAGGUGCCUGCGACGUGGAGGGGUUGGUUGGAGACGAGGUCGAAGGUGCAGGCGUAUCCCACCACCGUGCGAUUCCUUUGGGCAUUGGGUGGCGUUGCAGAUUGCUUGCGAGAAGGACGUCAGGACGAGGCAUACACCCGCUGUCUCCUUGCCCUGAUGGCAGGAGAUCAGCUCUCCAUAGAUCGGGGCGGGUGGGGAAUGGCGUCGGAAAUGAGUCUGGAGGAUCCACCUCCUUUCGGCGCAUUUGGUGUUCGUCCUCUACCUGGCGGAACAGAAGUCCCCUUCUCCAAGCUGGUCGACCCUCGAUGGGUCGAUCUAUUCAUCAGCCGCCUGGGCGACGUAGAGAAGUACUUGGAGACGAGGAAAAAGUUGGCCUCGAGUUCCAGCUCAGCCCCGACAGCGCCGCCUUCUACGACCACCGCUUUCGGAGGCGAGAGCCAGGAGCCGGGCGCCAGGAAGGGAAAGCCAAAGGGGGGCAAGGACAGCGCAAAGAGGCCUCCGAAGGGAGCCCCUGCCGAGGGGGCCGAUGCAAAGUGA